AUGGACCGCUUCCGGCUGGGAGGAUAUUCGCGUCUCGGCUUCAGCAGCCUCAAGACGAGGCAGAACACCAGUGAAAUCGAGUUGAUCACCUCUCGCAACUCGCAAGCAUUCUCCCACCACGACCCCUCCCCAAACGCACCGUUUAUCGUCCCGUCGGAAAUCAUACAGUCUGAAGAGAAGGGACAAACUUUGAACACACAUUGGGACCCUUUCUUCUUGAGGAGUUGGGUAUUGAUCGCAUUUGCUGUAUUCUUCUCUGCAGUCAUUGCUGCACUUCAAGUGGUCUACAGCUUUUCGCAGCGCAAUCAUGGAAUUGCGACGAGCAGUGACGACCAUCACUACUUAUGGACGUAUGGCCCCACGGCUGUCUUCGUGGUUGUGACGGUCCUCUGGCGCCAGGUCGACUAUGCCACCAAAUCCCUCCAGCCAUGGGCGAAUAUGGCCAUGGGUCCGCAGCCAGCCAAGAACAGUCUUCUCCUGGAUUAUGUUACUCCGCUUCAGAUCUUGUCAUUUUGGAGGUCACUGAAGAGGCGCCAUUUCGCGGUCAGUAUUGGCAUCGGCGUUUUCGUUCUUAUCAAGGUCAUCACAGUGCUUAGCACCGGCAUAUUCAGCUUGCAGUCUGUCCAGAGGAACGAUGUGCCAACUUCGAUGGCGCUGAACAACACCUUCGAUGGCACAAGCUUUCAGCAUGCCGCAGCCGUGGAUUCGAGGGCAGCUUUCGUGGCGUAUGGUCACAGGCAGUACAAUAUCAGUUUACCGAUCGGCAGCACGGAUCAGUACACUGUCCAGGGAUUCGCUCCGAGCGCGGGGCUCGUCAACGGUAGCUUGACAUACUCUGCACCCGUUGACGUGUUCAGCGCCAGUCUUACUUUGUGCGAGACCGGCCAAAUCAACUACACUACGUCUUAUGGUCGAGGCAAUACGCCGGUGGCCGCUUGGUACAACAGUACCGUGACUCUUCCCGGCUGUCAAAUCUUAGGCGCAUAUCUCGAUGCUCCGGAUUGGUAUUACCAACAAAACGAUACCGUUCACCGCUUUGGCUAUCGAGCAUCUUUUCAGAAUGUGACCUGUUCAAAUCUCGCACCAACCGACCCUACCAGGUUUCGCUUUAUGAUCGCGGCAGCCUAUUCAGAGGGGGCAGGGCAAAACGACAACACACUGCUCAAUUCUUCCAAUAUUGUUUGUAUUCCUUCCUAUUCGGUGCAGUCAGCCAUGGUCACACUCGACACGCAAGGCAACGUGAAGUCUGUCAAUGUGACCGGAAAAGCUCGUACAAUCGAUGGACUCAGUGCCGUGGAUAUCGCUGAUGGCGUUCUGUCAACUAGCCUGCAAGCCUCUUCAAUCUCCGACGCUUCAUCUUCUGAUCUUACACUAGAUGUCUUCACGACCAUGAUGCAGCAGGAGACAACCGACUUCAGUACGAAAGAUCUUCUUGAUCCGGCUUACUUGAACAGCACCGGAAAUCUGGUCUUCGGGAAGGUUGUUGCGCAACUCGCAAACUUGUAUCUGCUUUCCGAGAGCACGGAGGAUCCGCAGACGAUCGUCGAAGGUACGAUCGCAAAAGAUGAGAGUCGACUGACCGCUAGGCAGACGCCAAUCCGAAUCAUGCAAGCUGUCACCGCUGUAAUGCUCCUGCUUGUUGUGGUCAUGUUGUUUAUACGCCCGCGAGGGGUUGUGCCAAGGAGCGUCGAUUCCAUUGCAGCCGUUGCAGCAAUCCUUGCUCGAAGCCCAGAGCUGGAGGCGCGUCUUCGCGGCUCCGGACACAAGAGCUUGGAUGACCUCCGCGAGAUCCUCGCUCCGCAUAAGUACCAGACCAGGACCGGGUAUGAGGAUGGAGCCCGGAGUUUCUCCAUUCGCAUUUCCAGCAGAACUGGAACCGAGCUAGCCAGAGUCCCAACCCAGGACGGCUCAGUGCCUCGCAACAUCAAAUGGAUUCAGCCAUUCAUACUGUGCCGGAUCGGCAUCUCGCUCACUAUUUUGGCCUCUGCCGCCGCCAUCCUUGCCGUCGAAGUCCUCUUGUCGCAGUCCCAAAAGCACAAUGGCCUUGGCGCUGUAGACGAGGGCAGUGCGACUAGGUACUCGUGGCUCUAUGUGCCGGUCUUGGUCUUCCUCCUGUUGGCCACGUUGUUCAACAUCAUGGACUUCGAAGUCGAAUUCACCGAAUCUUUCCACGCUCUGGCGAAAGCGGACUGUGACGCGAGAUCCUCCAUGCUCUGGUAUCCAUUACGACACAUGUCGGUACAUGCCACCUAUAGCGGCCUGAAACACAGCAGAUUUGCCUUGACUGCAGCCUCAGCCUCUGCCAUUCUAGCACCUCUUCUGACCGUCGUAGUGUCAGGGCUCUACACUACCAAGCCGACAAUCCAAGGGAUACGGGUGGGAGUCAACGCGUUGGAUUGGUUCAACACCACGACUUUGGAAGACGGUUCCACGAACAUCCCCUCCCUCGUCAUUGAAGGCAACAUGUCGUAUCCCCAAUGGACAUUCUCUGAACUAGCGAUUCCCAGACUGACUCUUGUCGGCGACAACGCGAACCAGCUGCUUGUCCAAGGUGGCUCCCUUUCUGUGAAUACGCCUGCGGUACGAGGAGGUGUAGAAUGCAAUGUUGUUCCUCAGGAUCGCAUCCUCAACAACACCAUGAUGGCUGGGUACAUCAGCUCGAACAUUAGUACGCCUGAUGGUUGUGGGAACUAUGCAUUCGGAGACGGACCUAGUCUUUGGCUCGGUACCAGCGUCCCAGUGCCUGUCAAUUCCUCGGGCUACUUUGGUUCUUCAUUGGUACUUGGCUUCCUCGACACUUGUCCCACACUUGCAUUGUACUACGGGCAUGUCGCCAACAACGAGAUUGGGAACUUCACUGCUCUACUGUGCACGCACUACUUGGAGCGAGUCCAGGCCAACGUGACCUUUGAUCUCCCGGGCUACUCCAUCUCCACUGAACCGACGUUGUACGAAAACUCGGUCGCCAAAUUUUCCAGUUUCUACGUUGGGUUUCCGACGCUGCAGGUCUUGAACGUGACUUCCGCUAACGAUGAGCUGGACGACACUUUCAAUGCUAUGGUGUAUGGCAGGGACGGCAUUCCGACAAACGAGCUUCUGAAUGAUACCACGCUGAUCGAAUCAUAUACGCACUUAUACCGACAGUACAUAGCACAAGUUGUCAACAUCUACCUUCGAGCGGAUUUUUCCACCUUGUCGAAUAACGCAAUUGAAACGGUCGUCAAUCCUUUGGAGGCGUUCUACACGAAUCCACAGCAUUACAGGCUCAAGCAAUCGCCACUGUCGACUCAUUUGCUGGUCGGCGUUGUCGGUGCGUUGUUGCUUUGUGCAUUAGUCGUCUUCGUCACGAUUGAUAUGCGCAAUGUCUUACCGAAGCCCAUCGGGAGCAUCGCCGCCGUGGCAAGCUUGCUAGCAGGCUCCCGCAUCGUCAAUCCCAGAUCCGGCCUGGUUCCCCCCGGAUCCGAGUACUGGUCAGAUGAGGAAUGGGAGAAGAGUGGUGUGUGGCAAAGUGAGAUGUUCCGCAUGGGAUGGUGGGACAAAUUCCAGGAGCCGGCCGACUCGUGGAGGAGAGGAACGACGUCGAGAAGUGAUGUGAAUCAAUUACAUUCAUCUAGCGACGAAGAAAGAAUUGAACUUCCGGCAUCGUUCAGGAUUGAUGCCCGGCCCAGAUAA